AUGGAUGUUUUAGCAAAAUUUCCAACCAGAGCUUUGCACCAUUAUCCGAGAAUAAACUCAGACAUCGAAAGGAGACCCACUCUCGGGUUUUCGCCGGGCAAAAGAACAUGCAACUUGCAAAAAAAGAUGGAGAUACAACGUAGAAGUUUAUGUUUCAAGAAGAAUGUACAAAACAAAACUUGUGAUGGCAACAGAGUUUCAGCCAUAUUAUCCAGGAAAGGCCCUAAAUCCGGCCAAAAUUCAAUGUCUCCAGCUGAGAUAAUAGAUCACUUCUACACAUGUAUCAAUGAGAAAGAGCUGCAACAAUUGGAUGAAUGCAUAUCUCAAGAUGCCUGCUUUUAUGACUAUACCUUCAUCAAUCCAUUUCAAGGAAAGAAGGAAGUGAUGCAUUUCUUACAGCAACUUACUGCUGGUAUGGGCCAGAAUGUGAAAUUUAGAGUGAGAAACAUCUGCGAGGGAGAUGAUUUAACUGUUGCGGCAAAAUGGCACUUGGAAUGGAAAAAGGAACAAAUCCCAUUCACCAGAGGCUGCAGCUUCUUUCAGUUAGCAAAAGUAGAAGAAAGCUUAACAAUUAGGAGAGCUGACAUAUUUAUCGAAUCACUAGUCAAACCCGGAAGCAUAGUUUUGACUAUGUUGAAGACUGUGACCUCAUUGUUUGAUGACUUUCCCAAAGCAACAGAGUGGUUUUUAAGAAGACCUCAUUCAAUACUAAUAUGGAUGUUGAAAAUUUACAAUAUAUUUGUAGCACCUUUCCUUAAUCCAAUACUAGAUAGCUACAUAAAGCUAUGGAGCUUCAUGAUACGAUUGAUUAGCUAUGCAUUCAGCGUUGCUAUGUUUAUUUCUAAGAUUAUAUUUAAGUAG